AUCUUCUCUGUAUGGAAGGACGCCGAAAAAGGUGGUAGUUGAAGAGUGGCCACAAAGUCGGUGGCGUUCCCCGAAAUCCCCCAGCAAAUCGUACCGCAAUUCGCAUCCUCAAUUGCCUAACCCAACAAAUCCUUUCUCUCCUCGGAUCCUCAACCUCCGUCUCCGUCGACGCCAUCUCCGCCAUGUCAUCCCAGUCUUUCGCCGCCGGCCCGGCCACCCAGCGCCCUCACCACCAUGCGAACUCCUAUCACCACGACCCUCCGCCCCACACCCGCCGCCGCCGCCGCGACCAUGACGAUCCCUACCACCCCUAUCCAGUGCACCAUGCGCACUCCUACGCAACCGUCCCCGCCGGCACCGUGCCUUACCACGUCUCCCGCGACCCGCUCACGCUCUCGCACCUCCAAGAGCGCAUCUUUCCUCCUCCCCCUCACGCUCACCAGGCCGCGGGCCCGGCCCCGCCGAAGCGGGCCCGCUGCGCGCCCGAUCCUCGGUGGGAUCCGCCGCCGCCUGCAGCACCAGCCCCUGAGGCGCCGGAGAGGUCUCGGGAGGAAGGCGCCCCCGGGCCGCUGCUGUCGCGGGACGAGAUCGAGCGGCGGUCGCCGUCGCGGAGGGAUGGGAUCGAUUCCGCGCUCGAGGCGAGGCUGCGCGCGUCCUACUGCUCAUACCUGCGCUGCCUCGGCGUCCGCCUUGGGCUUCCACAGACAACAAUCGCGACGGCCGUGGUGUAUUGCCACCGUUUCUUCUUCCACAGAUCUCACGCCUACCUUGAUAGAUUUUUGGUUGCGACUGCAGCCUUGUUUCUGGCAGCAAAGUCAGAAGAAACAGCAUGCCUUUUGAAUACUGUUCUUAGGGCUUCGUGUGAAGUUUCUCGAAAUCAAGAAUUCAACCUCCUUCCUUAUAUGCUACGAGGUCAAGGCUGGUUUCAACAGUACAGAGAGAGUGUGACACAGACGGAGCAAAUGAUACUGACAACACUUGAUUUCGAACUUGAAGUAGCCCAUCCAUAUGCAUCCCUUUCCUCUGCGCUGAGCAAACUAGGGCUCUCACAUACUGUACUAUUUAAUAUGGCUUGGAAUCUGAUCAACGAAGGGCUCCGAAGUUCACUUUGGCUUCAGUUCAAACCUCAUCACAUUGCUGCUGGAGCUGCAUUCCUUGCUGCAAAGUUCCUCCGCUAUGACAUUACGUUUAACCCUAAUUUCUGGCAUGAAUUCAAGACAACUCCAUAUGUUGUUCAAGAUGUUGUCCAGCAGUUGAAGGAGCUUCUUUAGGUUACAGUAUUCAAUAUGUUCGCUUUAUACCAAGAGAUCCUUUUACUUAGUAGUGACCACUGCUAAAAAUCUGUAUACAUUGUUAUGUGGUCACUUUCUUUGAUGACUGAAUUCCGUUAGUGUUUUGAGAUUAUAUCCAUUUUUGUUCUUAUAUGUUUUUACAGCUACACCGUGUUGCUGUGUGCAAAAAGGGAAAAUCCUGUUGCAAUGUUGUCCUAAAUUUUUUUGGGGAAAGUAAAAGAAAAUAAUCUUUAUUAGAAUAUAA